GAAGAAGAAGAAGAAGAAGAAGAAGCACCACACCCUGUACGCUCACUUUUGUUUUCGCUUUACCUCGAAAUGUUUGAAUGUAUGAUGUAUUGCAUUUAUUGAAUAUGUCAAAUUUACAAAUACGGUAUUUGAUGCUAAGACUACAUACAUGAAUGUUUUCGGGAUAUUGAAGAAGCGCCUUCAGUCUACCAGCCAGCGAGAGCGUCAUAAGAUGUCGUCAUCAGAAACUAGCAACAAAAUGGUGGAAAGACUGAACAUGAAAGCGAGUCUUUUGAGCAUAUUUGGUAUUUGUUCUUUUCUUACAUAUGGAAAUACAUGCGGUCCAAGUGAAUAUAAAUCUGCUGAUGAAGAAUGUUGUCCAAUGUGUAAUGUGGGGUCAGUGGUGUACCGUCACUGCACUGGUGAUUUCAGUACCACAUGUAUACCCUGCGCUCCAGGAACAUUCAUGAGUCAACCCAAUGGUCUUGAUAAAUGCUUCUCAUGCAAACACUGUGCUGAAAGUCAAGGCCUUUACAUCCAGAGUAAAUGCACUACAAUAAAAAACACCAUCUGUGAUGUGCUUGAUGGAUAUUACUGCAUUGAUUACUCCAAUUCACAGUGCCGUCAUGCUGAAAAACACAGAGUUUGCAGACCAGGACAAGAAACAAAAACACCUGGGACAAAGGCAUCAGAUACAGAAUGUGUGGACUGUGCUCCUGGGUUUUAUUCUCCAUCAGGGCUGAACUGCACCAAAUGGACAGACUGUGCAGCCAGAAAUAGGAUUCAGACAGAAGGUGGCAGUCCUGAGAAAGAUGUAACAUGUGAACUGAAGCCAAAGGAAAGAUACAGUCUUGUAGAUUUAAUUGCAGCUUCCUUCGCAGAAUUCUACAGAAGUUUUUUCUCUGAAGUUCAGAAGGCCAAUAACGAAAAAAAGUGACGUUCAUCCAGGAGCCUCAGUGCAGGGCACUUAACAGAAUUCUAAACUGCCAGCCAGCGCUGAAACCACUGGAGGUGUUGAAGUUCUCCACCGGCAGAGGGCAUCACUGACUGACAGCCAAACUUAUAGUUACUUUGGCUGUUGUCUGUAAUAACCAGCACAGUAUUGCUGACGAGUGUCUGUCUACUGCACAUCCCUGACACAAGAUGUCAUUAUGCAUGUAAUAUUAGACAAGAAAAUAUUAAACAGGAGCAUAUACAUCAAGGCCUGUAUUCACAAAACAUUUUAUCUUACCACUAAGUUCACCUAAAUAGCAG